UCGCGCUUCACACAGUCUCUUCUCGGCAAACAGCAAGACAAAAUGGCUGGUACAGAAUAUCAAACAGAAGAUUUUUCACAAGAUCCUGCUAGUGAAGCUUCCUUUAUCGACCCUACACAAGCAUCAGCUGAACAACAAUCAAAUGGUGCCAGUUUAGAACAGAAACUUGCAGCAGAAAAAAGAAUAAGUGCAUCAAAACACGUUGACGAUGGAAGGAAAAUCUUUGUCGGAGCCCUUAGCUGGGAAACAAAUGACAAGAGUAUGAAGGACCAUUUUUCACAAUUUGGUGCAGUAGCUGAAGUUGAAAUAAAACGAGAUACUGAGGGAAAAUCAAGAGGAUUUGCAUUUGUACUUUUUGAGGAUGCUUCAUCUGUAUCAGCAGUUCUUUCCAAAAAUGAUCACAUAAUUGACAACAAGCUUGUAGAUGCCAAACCAGCUCGUGCACAGAAGAAACAAGAGCCAGUAGUAGAAAACAAGAAGAUAUUCAUUGGUGGUUUAGCUCCAACGACGACAAUUGAAAUUAUCACAGAUUUCUUUGCAGCAUAUGGCGCGGUUGAAGAGGUUGUUCUACCAGAUGAUAAAGUCACCAGGAAGAAAAGAGGGUUUGGUUUUGUAACAUUCAAAGAGCAGGAAGGAGUAGACAAAGUUAUGGCUGACAGUGUACCAGGACAAAAGACAUUUGUUACGUUAGAUAACCAACAAGUGGAAGUAAAGCCAGCUGUACCACGAGACCAACAAGAAAACAUGAAAGCACAGCGAGCUGCCCGAGGUAGAGGUCGAGGAAGGGGUGGCGCAAUGGGAGGAUAUCGUGGUGGCUAUAACCAGGGAGACUAUGGCUAUGGCAACUCUGGUGGUUAUGGAUAUGGCGGUGGAUACAAUGACGGAAGCUACAGCUACGAUAGCUACAGUAAUAACUUUGGCAAUUAUGGAUAUGAUCAAUCGGGUGGCGGAUACAGUGGACAAAGCGGCUAUGGGGCCGGGUACAACUAUGAUGGCUACAACAGCCAAGGGUACAGUCAAGGAUACAAUCAAGGUAGCGGCCCCGGGGGAGGUGGUGGAUAUGGCAAAUGGAAUCAAGGAAACCGCAGUGGACGAGGUGGUGGUGGAUACCAUCCAUAUAACCGUUAACUUUUUGGGAAAAUCUAGUUCAAGGGGGUAAAACAUUCACCUUUCAUCUACAGAUGGGAAAUAGAUGGUAUUUUGAGUGAUUAUCUUUGAAGAUGCGAUUAGCUGUUCUUUGACGUUCUUGGACGGGACUUUGUGAAACCGUCCUAAAUCCAGACUUCUGUUUCAAUUCAAAAAGUGAAAAAACUAUGGACAUGCUGAGUGGCGAUUACGUCAUGUUGACGACAUGGUGUUGCUGUAUAAAUGUGAACCUUUUUUUUUUCUAACGUUUCCAAUUAUUUUUCCUCUUCAGUCUUGUGGCUUCUUUGAUAUAAUGUGAAUAUGUGUUGUUAAAUCUUGUUUAUCUCCUCAAAAGUAGUGAAUUUCAUGUAAUUGAUUAAAUAAAGACUUGCAUUUUAAUGGUUGGCCCUAGGA